AUGUACCGCACCGCCCUCCCCACCCUCCGCACCGUCGCGUACGCCCAGCGCCGCACCUUCCUCGCGACCCGCCCGGCUUGCGACUUGAAGGACGCCGCGCAGGCGCUCAACAAGAAGGUUGGCGAGAAGCUCGCGUCCGGUAUCGAGACGGUCGAGCAGACUACCGAGUCGGCGAAGCAGUCGGCGAAGGCCGCCACUAGCGACGCUACUGCCGAGGCGAAGAAGCUGGGAGCCGACGCGCAGGCCAAGGGCGAGAAGGCUGCGGCAGACGUCAAGGCGGAAGGUCGCAAGCUCGAGGCGGAGGCGAAGAAGUGA